GGAAAUGGUGUCGUUCAAAUUUAUUCGGUGUAUCGGUUUUAGUUAAAGGAUUGCGCUAAUAUCAUACUUGUUCGUUAUUGACCGUUUACGAUUGUCCUUAUUAACGAUUGAGUUCUUAUUUUGUGUUCAGACCAAGACAAUGAAUAAGUUGAAAGCGAACAGAACCAAAAGUAGAGGUCCUGCAGAUAAUGUAAUAAAAAAUUCAUCUAACUUUGGACAGACAGAUAAAGAGCUAUAUGCAGUACUUAUUGCAGACCUUCUAUACGAUCGCUUUGAUCCUCUAAGUGACUACGUUCCCCCUUGUUUACUUCCAUUAUGUAAUGUUCCGCUGCUGCAUAUGACGUUAUCUAUUCUUGCUUUUGAUGGCUUCAGGAACAUUCUAAUCUAUACUAUUAAAAGCUACAAAAGCGUUCAAGCAUACAUAAAUCAAACUACUUUAAGUAAUUGUUUUCCUGGAUUGAAAAUUUUUGUACGAAAUGUGGAAAAUUGUCAUAAUCUGGGUGAUAUUAUGCGUGAUCUUGAGUCAAGUGAAUUUCUUUGUGGAGUCUCAGACUUUUUGCUUGCUCCCGCUGAUCUGAUUUGCGGCAUCUCUUUGGCAAAAUUUGUUAAUAAACAUAAGGAACAACGUGAAAAAACACCCAACGCCAUACUCACUCUUCUACUACCCCCCAUAACCGAAGCGAUAAGUUCAGUUCAAGCUUCUGAGCUCAAAGUUAACGUUAUAUUUUCACGAACGAACAAUAAUCGUUUGAUCAAUCUUUUUCACGAAUCUCAUCGUGACCUUUCUCCAGUUCUGCUUAGCGACUUGAUGAAACCCGGUGAAGUUAUCGAGUCUUCUCAGCUGAUGGAUAUUCAACUGAGUAUUUGUAGUAAUCAUAUACCACCACUGUUUCAAGAUAAUUUUGACUAUGAAACUAUGGAUGAUCUUGUAAAUGGAGUGUUAACAAAUGAAGAAAUUAUGGAAUAUACCAUACAUGUUGAACCUUUACCAAAAGGACCGAUUGUGCUUCAGGCUGCUCCUGAUCUUAGUAGUUUGAUUGACUUAAACUUUAAACUUCUGUCUCGACAAGGUGGGUUUAAUUUGUCUCUGCCACCUUUGUAUGCCAAUCUAUCAGGCUCCGAAAUUGUAGCAGUUGGUCCACAAGUUUUUGUGUCUAAGUUGGCGAAAGUUCACCAUAAAGCCAGAAUAAUUGGAGCGUGCUUUAUUGGAUCUGGGUGCGAAGUGUCGGCGUUUGCUUGCUUAAUUGACUGUUCCCUUGGGGAAAAUUGUUUUGUAGGUGAAAAUUCAUGUUUACGGCGUGUUAUCGCUUUGGAGAACGUUCAUAUUUCUAGUCAUGUAAAGGCAGACGUAGCUUGGUUGUGUUCCGGUGUUCGUAUACUUUCUGGAUUUAAACUUCCUAACCGCUGUUUCAUAGGCCCGUCAUCAACCGCAGCUGUAACAUUGGGUCCAGGAUGUGGUAACUUGCCAAGUAACAGCGUUUUGGUCGCCCCUCGUACAGGUGAUUUAGUUAUAGACCCUUCAGUUGGUGGUGAACAAGCCUGGGCUGCCUAUUAUAAAAAAAGGCAACCUUCAGGGACAAGCGAUUCUGUGGAUAAUCUUUCCGAGGAGGAUACACAAUCUGAUCAAGUGUAUUUGAAAAAUGAUGAAUUUACAAAUUGUCCUUUAUGGGAAACGGCCUGGGACAGAAUUAAAAAUGCAGCUAAAACACGUCGGCAGAGAAUGAAUCAAAAGUCUAGUCAUAGCCGAACUAGUGAUAUUCGUUGUAGCAGAUCCAGCAAGCCUCGCCGUAUGGUAAGUGAGAUAGAUGACAGUGAUGGAGAUUUGGAACAUCAAUUAAAAGAUACAUCAAAAACUGAAAGUGAUGGCGAUGAUGAGCAGUCAGAAAGCUUCAUAGUUACUGAAUUGAAACGAACUUUGGAACGAGGUGAACGACAUAAAUAUCCAGCUGAAACACUUAUACUUGAAGUUAAUUCUUUAAAACAUGCUUAUAAUGUACCUAUUGAAGAUUUUGGAUUCUUAUUGACAAAAGCCUUACUGGAGCUAACUCGUGAUCAUUUAUCUUCGAAAUCACAAAAUGAAUGCAGUAAAGCUGAUAUAACAGAAUUCAUCAUUAAUCUUCGUAAACUCCUAUUAAGCUUUAAUACUGUUCUGUCAUCAUGUAUGUCAGGAUUUCAAAAUGCUGGCCGAGUUUAUCUUCAAGCCGUUGAAGAUGCAGCAUGCUAUGAUUCAUUAAUAUUUGUUUCUUCUAUGUCUAUUAUUCACACUAUGUAUGACAAUGAUUUAGUUUUAGAAGAUGAUAUAUGGUGGUGGAAAGAUAAUUCCCCACUUUUACUUGAUGAUGAUAUUUCUGAGAAAACUCGAUCAUUAAGAGAAAAAGUCAAACCUUUCUUUGAUUGGCUUGAACAGGCGGAAGAAGAAGAUGACGAUGAUAAGCAAUGACAUGUUUAUAACUUUGUACAAUACUUUUUCUUUACUUUAUGUGUUAUUUGCGGUGUACGUAUGAUAAAAACAAAAGUGUUAAAAAAUGUUGUUUAAUCUGUUGCCAUUCCAUGUACAUAUCAUCCUUUUUAUUGACUUUAAUUUCAAUAUCACCUAGCGAAACAUCUGCUGUGACAGGAGUUUGCUUUGUAAAUAUUUUCUUUGGUUGGUUCAUUAAGCCAAACGAGGAGUCGUUUGCUAUCUACUUUGCGAAAUUUACCCACAAGUUAUGAUGUUGGAUGCGGUUACAUUUAAUCAGAUACUCAUUGCUAGGAUAUUUAUCUGUUGACAAAUGGCUUCUUUCAAAAUAUUCAACAUUGUAAACACAAACAGUUGAAUUAUGAUCUUUUUUUUUCUAGGAAUAAAUGGGUACAGUAUAUGGAUAUCCCUUAUGUCAAUGUAGUUACAAAUGAAACAUACAUUAUAUCCAAGAGAUUCUUUUUGUCAUUAGUUAAAAUGUUUGUAAUAUAACUAGGUGUGUGAAUCAUGAAAAUUCAUUAAUUUUUUGUGCAAAUAAAAUACUACUAUGAACAAUGGACAUAUAAGAGUAAGCGUGUGAAAUAUGUGCAUAUCAACAAUAAUAAAUAUAACUAAAGUU